AAGUUUAUAUUUUACUAGAUAACGUUUUUGAUUAAUUGACCGAGCUAUACAUGUUUUUUAAAGUAAUAGGAAAUUAAGUCUUCAAUUUAAAAUACUAUCAGUUAGUUAAACUGUGUCAGAAGCAACGUUUUUUAUUGUCACCAACAAAGAGGUUAAGAUCUGAAGUACUGUUUACGCAAAGCCCAAGCAUGGUGGAAACUAAAAUGCUCAGUCAGAGCCAAUCUGACAGAGAAACGCAAUUUGGCAAUGCUCGACAAUUGGACCCAUCUAACAGCAUUUUUGUCUUCAAGGAUACACUGUCAGACUAUGAAGAGCCACCAUCAGACAACGAGGUGGAGCUGAAGCCAUUGCGCGAGACGAGCAUCGCCGUCCCUCCACAGCCGCCCAAGAUCCUGGAGAAGCGCAAGACCGAAGACACCGAAGCCAGCAAGGACCUUAAAAAGGCGAAAUUGGAAACGAAGGCUCUGAAAGCGAAGAGGCCCGGAUUCACCGACGAGCGCUACAACGAGACCAGCUACUACGUGGAAAAUGGUCUGCGCAAGGUGUACCCGUACUACUUCACCUUCACGACGUUCACGAAGGGCCGCUGGGUGGGCGAGAAGAUCCUGGAGGUGUUCGCGCGCGAGUUCCGCGCGCACCCAGCCGAGGAGUACGAGCGCUGCAUACGCGCUGGCACCCUCACCGUCAACUACCAGAAGGUCGACGUCGACUACCGGCUCAGGCACAACGAUCUCCUCGCCAACGUGGUGCACAGACACGAGGUGCCAGUCACCUCGGAGCCGAUCACGGUGAUACACAUGGACGAGGACGUCGUCGUGGUCAACAAGCCCGCCUCCAUCCCUGUACACCCGUGUGGACGCUACCGGCACAACACCGUCGUCUUUAUUCUUGCCAAGGAAUACAACCUGAAGAACCUGAGAACCAUCCAUAGGCUGGACAGACUGACGAGCGGUAUUCUCCUAUUUGGCAGAACGCCGAAAAAGGCGAGACAGAUGGAGCACCAAAUUAGAAAUCGGCAGGUGCAAAAGCAGUACGUGUGCCGAGUGGAAGGCCAAUUCCCGGAGGAGGAGAUCGUGUGCUCGGAGGCAAUCGAGGUGGUGUCGUACAAGAUCGGCGUGUGCAAGGUGUCGGACAAAGGCAAAGACUGCGUGACCAAAUUCAAGAGGCUGUCGUUCAACGGCACGUCGUCGGUGGUGCUGUGCCGACCGCAGACCGGACGGAUGCAUCAGAUACGCGUGCACCUGCAGUACCUCGGCUACCCCGUGGUCAACGACCCGCUAUACAAUCACGACGUGUUUGGGCCGCAGAAGGGCAAAGGUGGCAAUAUCGGCAAAACAGACGACGAGCUGGUCCGGGACCUGAUUGGCAUUCACAACGCGGAGAACUGGCUCGGCAUGGACGGCGACUCCGAGAUGAGCCUGUUCAAGUCGAAGCUCGAUCUCGACGACAGAAUCCCCAGCGACAAGGAGGGUUCGCCCGCCUCUACGCCCAGCUUAUCCGAGGACGAUCAGCAACAGCAGCAACAGCAGCAGCAGCAGCAGCAGCCGCAGGUGAGCUUUGAACCCCUCGUGUGGGCAGCCCAGUCGAGCCCCAUUGAACGCUUUCGCUCGUUUCCACAGCAGUCGCAACAGCAGCCGCAGCAACCCCAACAGUCUGCACAGGCGCCAGCCACACCGACACCAACGGCAACGUCCUCGCUGAAAGUGACGGUCGGCACGCAAACUGGCUCCGAGCCGCCGGACUCGACCUUCUCCAACGACAAAGUGACGGUAGAUCCGCACUGCUACGAGUGCAAGGUGAAGUACAGGGACCCCAAGCCGUCGGACUUGGUCAUGUACCUGCACGCGUGGCGUUACUGCGGCCCCGGCUGGGAAUACGAGACGCCACUGCCGGCCUGGGCGGCCCGCGAGUGGCAGCCCUCGCCCGACGAGCGAUAGUCUGCCUGUCCGCCUGUCGCCGCUGCUGCCGCUGCUGCCGCUGCUGCCGCUCAAAUCUCGAACGAUUCUUUCAUGAUGCAACAACCUCCCGUGCCUUUCGCAAACUAAAAGUCGUCAUCGUUGUCGUUCAUCGUUACUUCACACAUAGCACACCCAAUCAAAUAUAUCCUCCUUAUUUUCCCGAUAAAGUGUAAAUGAGAAGAGUGAACUCGACAGAAGCCUUCGAGAGCGAGACACUGCGAGCGUGCAAAAGAGUGUGAUGUAUCAGAGCUGGAUGCUUGGAUUUUUUUCUUUCUCUUCUUUUUUACUGCUUCGAUAAAUGAUAAAUUCAUGAAUUGACGCGAAUGUAUUGUGAUUGCACUUUGACAGAUCGAUGGAAAUAGUCACGAGUGAAUUGUCCUGAAAGAAUCUAUUUUCAACGGUUUGGCAUGUCAUUCGGUUCAUGGAGUGGUUACGUACAUAAUUAUGAUCAAUUGUAUAAAUGUAUCUGCCUGUGAUUAUGAUAAUAAUAUUGAAGACGAUGAAUCAAUAAAUCAGUGAUCGGCGCGGAAUUUCGCGCUCGUUAUUAAAAAAGAAAAAAAGGACGAAUACGAAUAAGAUAAUACAAAAAAUGAAAAUCCAAUAAUUGAAAUAAAACUUUAUAGUAGCAAUCUUAACAAUAAAACUAAACUGCUUGUUACAUGCUUACAACUCCUGAAAGACGUCAUUUAUAAUGAGUAACUACUGUAGACUGUUCAAAGUGAAAACGUAUGUUUGCAAACAUCCAGAUUUGGUAUUCAGCUCUGAUUAGGAUAUAUAAAUAUACUUUUACUGUAAUUCAUAUCGUUUUGCGUCAUACGUGAGGAACACUGUGGAAGGGAUCAAAUCAGUCUCUUAUUGAAAAACUUUACCAAAAUACAAUGUAAAAUAUUGUUGAUAAGCUUUAAGAAAAAAUCUUUCUUUGUUUAGUUUUGACUUUCUUCUUUUGUAAUAAAAAGAGUUAAAAAUACAGGAGAAAAAAAAUGUUUUUGUUUGGAUAUUAGGAUAUUUUAUGGAUUUUUAUGAGACCAAUUAGAAUCAUGAAACCUAUAAUGGUAUAAUUUUUAUCUCCUCGCUGACUGCUUUUAAAAUUGUUGAAAAAUGGAGCUACGCAGUGUAGUGUCAAAUUUAAGGAUACAGAUUAUAUAAUUAUUAAAGAUAUUUACUUGAAGCGAUCUAUGGUAGUGAGUUAUUAGGUUUCAUGAGUUUUCAAAAUUAGCUUUCUUACUGUUGUCCCGAAUCACUACAUGCAUAUCGAAAGUAUGAGAAAUAUAUAGCUAAGUGAUUAUAAAGUGAACGUAAAUGCGAUAAAUUCGAAACAAAAAAUAACGAGGAAUAAUAGAAUAUUUUGUAAGCCUUGUGUAGAAUAUUGUAGAAUAAAGUAUCUUGUAAAUCGCUAGAUUUUUCAGUUAAAACUUUAAUACAGAUCCGUAAAGCUAUUUUAUUCCUCUGUAUCCUUAAAAGAUAAUUUAAAAUGUUGCAAGAGACAUAUCUGUUACCAUAAAAUAAAUGUUGAUCGGAAAAACGCGACAUGAAAUCUAUGAUAUUUAAAUUUAUACGUUAGAGUGUUCUUGCGACAUUUGAAUACGUCAUAUCAAUAUGCAAAGAUCAACCUUGAUAAUGUUAAUGAAUCCUAUUUAAAACUAUAUAAAUAUCGUAUAAAAAGAUGUUGAAGCUGUAGAGUUAGUGAAUGGUUUCAUUGUGUAUUAUUAAAAAUAUUAUUUUUAAAGCUGUGCGUUAGUAAUCUACGUAAACUUUAGAUGUUCAUGCAUAUUGAUUCCCUAGUAUAUAGAUAUGUAUAAGGGCGAUCUUUGCUUAUUGAGUGUACAGCUGUGAGCUUAAAAAUAUAUUAUACUGGUGCGAUAAUUUCGACCUCGUAUGUAGACUAUGGAUUUUCAAUGCAAAUUGAUAUUGACAGAAUUGUGCUCUUAUGUAUGAGUGUUAUAUGCGUUAGAAAGGGUAUUUUCAAGAUUAAAUAAAAAUCAAAAAACGAUAUUUAACAAGUAAAAAAGAAUAAUGAUAAUAGAUCACUAAUGCGAUGACAAUGUUCAUGUUAUCGAAUUGUUUCUCUAUAAAAAUUGGGAAUUAAAAUGUACAAAAUAAGCAUGAUGAGUAUAUUAUAUACAUAUGAAAUAUAACAAAACAUAUAAGUACUAGAUGAGCAAAUUUUUAACAAUUUUUUAAAAAAAUACUCAUACUUACUGUUAUUACAAUACUGCUAUAUUGGCGAUAGAAAGAAAUAAUAAACCACAAAUAUGAAUUUGCAUAAACUUUUUGAAAGAGAUUUGUUGGAGAUAAGAUACAAGGGAAAUUUUUAAUGUUUUUACGGAUGAAUAUUGUAAUAACAUGAAGUAGAAGAAAGUCCCGUUAAUAUUUAGCGUAUAAUAUUAAUAAUGCUGGAGAAAAGCUCCAAGUCAUUUGACGCUCACACGCUCUGUCUAAUGAGCUAAAUUUUUUAAAAGAACCUCACUACAAAUAAAACGAUGACGCAUCAAUUGGAUUGGAGCUUUUUAUGCGAUCAAUAAUCUCUCGAUAAAUGCUUGAAAAGAUCUUAUUUUGUUAAAGAUUACCUUGAAGAUAAUUAUACUAGAGAUCAUGUAAUCAAAGCAAGAUAUUUAAAAAAUUGCAAGGUUUCAUCAACCGACCUACAAAUAAAAGCAGCCUGUGCGUAUGCUUACUUAUUUGACUAUAUCAUUUAUAAUUGAACGAAAUAUUCAGAUGUAAUGGCUACAUUUAUCUAUUUAAGUAUUGAACAAUAUACAUAUGAUGAAGAAAAUAAAAAUUAAGACAGUCUUGAUUAGUAGCACAAGAAGACACCGGUCUAUGAAUUAAGCGAGCGCUUUUGUACAUAUUGUAUACGCACAUUGUACUGUAUUAGUGUAAUGUAGUAGGAUAAAUUGAUAGUCAAUUUUUCUUGUAUGCUGAACGAAUUAUUGAAAAAAAAAUGAUCGUUCGAUAUUUGGUCGCGUUAUUUCUACCUUCUUCUUGAUCGAUGGCUUCCGGCGAGACCGAUUUCAACUUUCAAGUUUGUUCUCUGUGAGAAAAACGAAUAAAAGGCUUACAAAAAACUAACUGUUAUCUUUUUACAUUAUAUCGAUAACGAAGCUCAAUUUACUACAAUUAGUAUCCAAAAUAUUUCAGACGAGAACAAGAUAUCAAUGCGGAAAACACUUUUCAGACUAAAACAUAGUACGAACAGAAACUAUUCAGAAAUGUGCAUUAAAAAGCAUUAAAACAAACUGAUGAGAUCAUUCAAUGAGAUUGGUGAUUACGUAUAACAGAUGUCUUUUUUAACUGUAGUUUCAAAUUUUUGUCCAUUAUGGGAUUCCAAAAGAAAAAUAAAAUUAUGUCUUAAUGAACUUUUUUGUAAAAUAUUUUAUUAUAGUAGGACUAUAAUUUUGAGAAAAAUUGAUAUUCUUGUAUUAAAAAAUAUACUUCAAUUUUUCUGUCAGUAAAUACAUUUACUUCAAGUCCAGAUUUUGACUUUGAUAGACUCAAUUUCGAAUUUUUCGCCUAAAAUUUAUGGGAAUAAAAAAAAUAAUAUUCAAAUAUUCUAGAACAGUAUCAAUAAUACCCCGCUAAUAUUUUUGGACAGGCUAUAUUUUUGGUGAAAAGUAACUGCUAGAGCGUGCAACAACUAACAAUUUUAGUUUUAACAAAGAUCGUAAAUAUGUAAUAAUUUAAUAAUUAUGAAUUAUAAUAAUUGCAUAUUCCAUUAAAACGAAUAAUUGCUGAAGUAAGAAGUUGCAAAAACACACUGCGUAAAUAAGAAUAUGUCAGAAAACAUAUUCUAAAAGCUACAGUCAAUGUUUGGCACUAUCAAGAUAUCACCAUGAGAAAUAUAAACAAUCUUUCCUGAACUGAUUUAACACAUGUACUAUUUAAAAUAUAUUAAAAAUAGAUAAUGUUACCCAGUGAUACAAACGCUCCACUUUCCCUUAUAGCUAUGACUACAAAUUAAAGUAGGUGAAUAUAAGCAAACAAACCUUCAAAAAAGUAA